AGCCCCUGGCUCAAGUGCCAUGCCGCCAAUGUGCCAUUGUGUCCAGUUCCGGGCAGAUGUUGGGCUCCCGUUCGGGAACGGAGAUUGACGCCAAGGAAUGCGUCCUGCGCAUGAACCAGGCCCCCACUCAGGGCUACGAGGAAGACGUGGGCAGCCGCAGCACCCUCCGCGUGGUCUCCCACACCAGCAUCCCUUUGCUGCUACGCAACCACAGUUAUUUCUUCAAGCAAUCCUGCGACACCACCUAUAUCAUUUGGGGGCCUCCCCGGCUGAUGAGCCGUGAGAAAAUCGGCUUGGUUUAUCGGACCCUGGUGAAGAUCAAGGAGAUGUACCCGGCUUUGCAUCUCUACACUCUCACCGAGAAAACCAUGGCCCGCUGCGAUGAGCUCUUCCAACAAGAGACGGGGAAAAACAGGUGA